AUGAGAUGCAAAAGCUUAUAUAUUUCUUUGCCAUGGGAUGAAGAAAGAAUACUAAAACGUGGACGAACAGAAGUAAAUACUCCCGAUGACCUUGUUGAAUCAUUAACAUAUCGAUAUAUAAAACGACCAUCUACUCCAUCUGUUAUUGAUCAAAUGACUUUAUUUGAAUUUUUGACUUGGUUUGAUUUCGAUCGAUCUUCUUCUAUGAACAUAGCAGAAAUAUUAGAAGAACCAUAUGUUGAAAAUCCUCUUUGGCGUACUGAUUUUAAUCAACCACCUCUACUUAAAACAUCAGCUUCACUUCCUCGACUAGUUUUAUCAUGUGGUACAAUAUUAAUUCAACACAAAGAACCGUCUUCUAUUAGUUUUACUUGUCGUUAUGAUGAUUCCAUGUUAGCUAUUUAUUCGAUUCUUUCGAUCGGAAUACCAUAUCGAGAUCCAUUUGAAGAAUUUCUUAAUAAUAAACAAGGUAUAUGUCUUAUAAAUUUGAUUAAUAAAUAUAUGAGAACUUUAUCUAUUGCUAUUGUAGAGAAUGAUAUAAAAGCGUUGUACCAAAUUUUAUUAAAAAAUCAAAGUAAAUUAAUGCAACAGUUUUCUACAUUAUCUGGUGCUUACAAAGUACAAAUGCUUAAUGCACUUGAACAUUUAUGUGACUUAAAUACUCAUGAUUUUGUUAUCAAACCUAGAACAUCAUUUAUAUUUACAGCAGAAGAUGAAGAAGAUAUUGAAGAUAAUAUUAAUGACAAUAGUAAUGAAAUCAAUGAUAAUAAUACUACUAAUUGUAAAAUCGAUUUAAAUUAA